AUGUGGCGGAAAACGACAUUGGCCACGGCGUUGGCUCUGGCACCCUACCUUCAGCUUCAUGUGAGAGCAAGUCCCGUCGAACCCUACGACACUCUUUAUCGAAGACAAGCCGCCCAGCCCUUCAACAACGACUACGAUGGCCCCUUGUGGACCUCUCCUCCGAGCUACCCUUCGCCUUGGGGCUCAGGCUCUGGCGACUGGGGGAGCGCUUAUGAAAAAGCCACCGCAUUUGUCAGUCAGUUGACCUUGUUGGAAAAGGUCAAUCUCACCACAGGCGUGGGCUGGGAGUCUGAUCGUUGUGUGGGCAAUAUUGGCGCCAUCCCACGCAUGGGCCUUCCCAGUCUCUGUCUACAGGAUUCACCUCUGGGUAUCAGAUUCGCCGACCAUGUUUCGGCAUUUCCAGCGGGUGUCAACGUCGCCGCCACGUGGGACCGAAAUCUAGCAUAUCUUCGGGGUCAUGCUAUGGGCGAAGAGUUCCGGGGUAAGGGUAUCGAUAUCGCACUCGGUCCCGUCUGCGGUCCUCUGGGUCGCUCUCCAGAAGGUGGCAGAAAUUGGGAAGGCUUUAGCCCAGACCCAUAUUUGACCGGCGCCUUGAUCGCUCCCACCAUCGAAGGAAUUCAGGAUGCUGGCGUCAUUGCCACCACCAAACACUUUAUCGCCAACGAGCAAGAGCAUUUCCGCCAGGUUGGAGAAUCUAUUGGUUAUGGCUACAACAUCACCGCCACCCUCAGCUCCAACAUCGACGACAAGACCAUGCACGAGAUUUAUCUCUGGCCGUUCGCCGAUGCAGUUCAUGCCGGCACGGGCGCCAUCAUGUGUUCCUACCAACAGAUCAACAAUUCCUACGGCUGUGCCAACUCAUACACCCUCAAUCACUUGCUCAAGAACGAGCUCGGCUUCCAAGGUUUCAUCAUGUCCGAUUGGCAAGCCCAGCAUUCUGGCGUUGGGACCGCCUUGGCCGGCUUGGACAUGACCAUGCCAGGUGAUACCCUCUUCAACACGGGCUACACCUACUGGGGGACAAAUUUGACCGUUGCCGUCUUGAACGGCACAGUGCCCGAGUGGCGUGUCGACGACAUGGCCGUCAGAAUCAUGGCAGCUUACUACUACGUCGGCCGUGAUCAGUAUUCUGUCCCCACCAACUUUGACUCGUGGAGUCGGGACACAUAUGCCCCUAUCCACCCGGCCGACCCGAAUUCUCCCCUCGGAUUGAGGAAUGAGCACGUCAAUGUACAGGAUGAGCAUCGAGACAUUAUCCACCAAGUCGCAGCCAAAUCCAAUGUCCUGCUGAAAAACAAUGGUGGAUUGCCGCUCACCGGAAGCGAGAAAACAGUGGGCAUUUUUGGAUACGACGCAGGCAGCAACCCCUGGGGCCCCAACGGAUGUCCCAAUCGCAAUUGUAACAAUGGCACUCUGGCCAUGGGAUAUGGCAGUGGCACGGCCGAAUUCCCCUACCUCGUGACCCCUGAGCAAGCCCUGCAGCAAUAUAUCCUGACCCAAACAAACGGAGAGGUCUCUGCCAUCCUCGACAACUAUGCCGACGCUCAGAUCAAAUCCCUCGCCAGCCAGGUUGAUGUUGCCAUUGUGUUUGCCAACGCUCAAUCCGGCGAAGGAUUCAUCACCAUCGACGGCAACACGGGCGAUCGCAACAACCUGUCCCUCUGGGAGGGCGCUGAACGCUUGAUUGAGAAUGUCACGACCUUUAACCCCAAUACAGUCGUUGUACUCCACACCGUCGGUCCUGUCAAUGUAUCAGCGUGGUAUGACAACGAAAACGUCACCGCAAUCGUUUGGGCGGGUUUGCCGGGACAGGAAAGUGGCAACGCCAUAGUCGAUGUUCUCUAUGGACUUGUCAACCCCGGAGGCAAACUGCCAUUCACCAUUGCCCGCAACAGGGAGGAUUUUGGGACGGACGUCAUCUAUGAACCCAACAAUGGCCAGUUUGACGCUCCCCAGGACUACUUUUCCGAAGGUGUCUUUAUCGACUAUCGCCACCUCGACGCAAAUGGCAUUGAGCCCAUUUACGAGUUUGGCUUUGGGCUCAGUUAUACGACCUUUGAGUACUCCAACUUGGUCAUCGCACCCGGAAAUCCCGCUCCAUACGUCCCUGGAAGUGGGCAGACGGGCCCGGCUCCAGUCCUCGGGUCGUCGAGCACCGAUCCGUCGCUGUACUUGUUCCCCAACGAGACCAUAACGUACCGUCCAUACCUCUUCAUCUACCCCUACUUGAAUUCUACCGACCUCGAAUCGUCUGCCGCUGAUCCCGAUUAUGGUCUCCCCGCGGAGCAGUACAUUCCUGACGGUGCAACAGAUUCUUCUCCUCAGCCGAUCCUACCUGCUGGUGGCGGUCCAGGCGGCAACCCCGGGCUGUGGGAGGUUGUGGCUACCGUAUCUGCCACCAUCACAAACACGGGAGAUGUCGAAGGUGACGAGGUUGUUCAAUUAUAUCUUAAUCUUGGAGAAGAUGAACCACCCAAAAUUCUUCGUGGCUUUGGCCGAUUGACCAUUGCCCCUGGUGCGUCGUCUGUCUUUACUGCAGAGCUGACCCGGCGCGACGUUUCGACCUGGGAUACUGCCACACAGAAUUGGGUACAGGCGGCCAAUCCCGUGGUGUAUGUCGGUGCUUCCAGCAGAAACUUGCCUCUCAGUGGCAGUUUGAAUGGUGGAAGUGGUGGGUCGCCUCCUCCACAAUCAAGCAUUGGCUAUCACAGUCACGCAGAACCAAGCGUGACUGCUAGUGCGAGCGUGCCUGGCUCUUCGUUCACUCAUCCAGGUCCUCCGCCCCAGUAUUCGACUGGGAAGCCAGAGGAGAAUACUUGGUCAGGUUGGCAUGGAGGGAAGCCCCAGCCCACCAACAGUUGGCCAUGAGAAGGCGGAGAUGAGAGGCGCCCCAAAGUGGACAAAAUUACGAAUUAUGUACAGGGGAAUGAAUGAGCGGUGUAUCCCAUCUGCAUCGUUGCAAAUAAUCAUGUCUGUUGAGGUUUGGCAUGAGCAUGUUGGAGCGUGCCUGGCGUCUAAUGGAUUCAUUCAUUUCAUUGGCUUGCUCAAACAGAUCUGGAUCAUUCAUUCACGGGAGAUGGUA